AGCGGCCGUCAGUCGCGGGGCGGGCCCGGGGAGGGGGCCGGUGGUGGUGGCGGAGGGGGGGGGGGAGGUCCCGGCCAUGGCCCAGCUGGAGACGCAGUACCAGCGGCUGGAGAGCUCCUCCACGGAGUCCCCGCCCGGCGGCGGAGACCUCCUGGUGCACGUCCCUGAGGGAGCCAAGUCUCCGUGGCACCACAUAGAGAACCUGAACCUCUUCUUCUCUCGGGUCUAUAACCUGCAUCAGAAGAAUGGCUUCACCUGCAUGCUCAUCGGGGAGAUCUUUGAGCUCAUGCAGUUCAUCUUCGUGGUGGCGUUCACCACCUUUCUUAUCAGCUGUGUUGAUUAUGACAUCCUCUUUGCCAACAAGGCAGUAAAUCACAGCCAGCAUCCAAGUGAGCCCAUUAAGGUGACUCUGCCAGAUGCCUUCCUGCCUCCAAAUGUCUGCAGUGCAAGAAUCCAGGCAAACAGCUUCCUCAUCUGCAUCCUGGUGAUAGCUGGAGUUUUCUGGAUCCACCGGCUUGUCAAAUUUAUUUACAAUAUUUGCUGCUACUGGGAGAUUCACUCUUUCUACAUCAAUGCCCUCAGAAUCCCCAUGUCCAACCUGCCCUACUACACCUGGCAGGAGGUGCAGGCCCGCAUCGUGCAGAUCCAGAAGGAGCACCAGAUCUGCAUCCACAAGAAGGAGCUGACAGAGCUGGACAUCUACCACCGCAUCCUCCGCUUCAAGAACUACAUGGUGGCCAUGGUGAACAAGUCGCUGCUGCCCAUCCGCUUCCGCCUGCCCCUGCUGGGAGACACCGUCUUCUACACGCGGGGGCUCAAGUACAACUUCGAGCUCAUCUUCUUCUGGGGGCCUGGCUCUCUCUUCGAGAACGAGUGGAGCCUGAAGGCCGAGUACAAGCGGGCUGGGAACCGCCUGGAGCUGGCCGAGAAGCUCAGCACUCGCAUCCUCUGGAUUGGCAUCGCCAACUUCCUCCUCUGCCCUCUCAUCCUCAUCUGGCAGAUCCUCUACGCCUUCUUCAGCUACACGGAGAUCCUGAAGCGGGAGCCGGGCAGCCUGGGUGCCCGCUGCUGGUCUCUCUACGGCCGCUGUUACCUCCGUCACUUCAACGAGCUGGACCACGAACUGCACUCGCGCCUCAGCAAAGGCUACAAGCCAGCUUCCAAGUACAUGAACUGCUUCAUCUCCCCGCUCCUCACCAUCGUGGCCAAGAACGUGGCCUUCUUUGCUGGCUCCAUCCUGGCGGUGCUCAUCGCUCUCACCAUCUACGACGAAGACGUGCUGGCUGUCGAGCACGUCCUGACCACGGUCACCCUGCUCGGGGUGGGCAUCACGGUGUGCAGGUCCUUCAUCCCCGACCAGCACCUGGUGUUUUGCCCAGAGCAGCUGCUGCGAGUCAUCCUGGCGCACAUCCACUACAUGCCUGACCACUGGCAGGGCAAUGCCCACCGCUAUGAGACCAGGGACGAGUUUGCCCAGCUCUUCCAGUACAAAGCGGUCUUCAUCCUGGAGGAGCUCCUGAGCCCCAUCAUUACCCCCCUGAUCCUCAUCGUCUGCCUGCGGCCCAAGUCCUUGGACAUCGUCGACUUUUUCCGCAACUUCACCGUGGAGGUGGUGGGUGUGGGCGACACCUGCUCCUUCGCCCAGAUGGACGUGCGCCAGCAUGGCCACCCGGCGUGGAUGUCAGCAGGAAAGACGGAGGCCUCCAUUUACCAGCAGGCGGAGGAUGGCAAGACGGAGCUGUCCCUCAUGCACUUCGCCAUCACCAACCCCAAGUGGCAGCCACCCCGCGAGAGCACGGCCUUCAUCGGCUUCCUCAAGGAGCGGGUGCACCGCGACAGCAGCGUGGCACUGGCCCAGCAGGCUGUGCUCCCCGAAAACGCCCUCUUCAGCUCCAUCCAGUCCCUGCAGUCAGAGUCGGAGCCUCACAGCCUGAUUGCCAAUGUGAUAGCGGGCUCCUCGGCGCUGGGCUUCCACAUGGGCCGUGAUGGACAGGCUUCUCGCCACCUCUCCGAAGUGGCCUCGGCCCUGCGCUCCUUCUCCCCGCUCCAGUCUGCCCAGCAGCCCCCCAGUGGCUUCCAGACGGCAGGAAGGGACGGAGAGGGCGCCCAGCCUCGGGGCGCCAGUGCCAUGACGGCCUCUGGUGCUGAUGCGAGGACCGUGAGCUCGGGGAGCAGUGCCUGGGAGGGUCAGCUGCAGAGCAUGAUUCUCUCAGAGUAUGCCUCCACUGAGAUGAGUCUCCACGCGCUCUACAUGCACGAGCUGCACAAGCAGCACGCCCAGCUGGAGCCAGAGCGGCACACUUGGCACCGGCGGGAGAGCGACGAGAGCGGGGAGAGCACCCACGAGGAGCUGGAUGCUCAGCGGGGUGCCCCUGUCCCCAUCCCUCGCUCUGCCAGCUACCCCUUCUCCUCGCCGCGGCAGCCUGCCGAGGAGACGUCCACGCUGCAGACUGGCUUCCAGCGGCGCUACGGUGGCAUCACAGACCCAGGCACAGUGCACAGAGCCCCGUCACACUUCUCCCGCCUCCCGCUAGGAGGCUGGGCUGAGGACGGGCAGGCAGCGAGGCACCCAGAGCCCGUGCCAGAGGAGAGCUCGGAGGAUGAGCUUCCACCGCAGAUCCACAAGGUAUAGCCUUGUAGACUGGGGAUCUCGUGGGGGAUGCAGACUGGGGGCCGCCUGGGCAGCAGGAUGUGGCGUCAGCCUGGUUCUUCUCCUGUCCCGAGGGGACAGGGUGGUCGUGGGCUCCAUUCUGUUGCCAUCAAUUGCCGAAGAGACAAAACUGCCGGGCCAGCGGCUUUGCGGUGGCGCCUUGUGUCCAGCCGUGUGUCAAGCCAACGCCACUCUGACUCUUGUGGGGUGAAUGCGUGUGUGAGUACAUACCUGUGUCUGUGUUCACAUCUGUGUCGUCUGUGCCGGAGGAUCGCUGCAGAGCCUGUGACAGCAGACGGGACGGGACUAGCAGUGACGGGCGUGGAGGUGGCGGCAGCGGCUGCUGUUGGCAGAGACGGGAGAAGGCCCCAGCUCCAGCCGUCCACGGGGAGCUGGGAGCUGCCUCCGAAACGAAGGCAGGGAGCUGGUGUCCCCUGGGGAUGGCUGACUGCAGCAGGAGCUGUCGAAGGGGUCUAGCGCAGCCUGCAGCGGUGCUGGCACCACACCUGCCCUGCCUGCAGCCCGGGGAGGUGCCCGGCGCCGCGUUCCCCCCUCCCAGAGAGGACCAAUGUCGCACCCCUGCGGCUGGAGCAGGACAGCAGCGGGGCAGUCACCCGCCCGUCUCUGUGCACAGACUUGUGCUGCCCCAGCACCCUGCGGCAGGAUGCCCCCAGCUGCUGCUGUGCGUGUCGGGCCGGGGUCUAGAGCUGGUGGGAACAGCUCCGGGGUGCGGGGAUGCUGCAGCUCCUCCCCGGCUCCCGUGACAGCUGCCCUGGCGCAGGCACACAAGGAGGGGACCUUGGGGUGGCAGUCCUGGCUCUCUGCUGUCCUUCCCUGCCCUGUCCUGGGGCUAGGGUGGCACCUUCUGCCCUGCACAGCGCCCGUGGGAUGUGGGCUGCUCACAGGCCCUGUCGCAGUGCCAAAGAGCCCCUGGCGUGGUGCAGCCCGGUGUUACCCGGGAGUGCACGCACCCUGCUCGGAGCCCACGGCGGAGGUCUUGUGCUCUGUGUAUCGAUUCCUUUCCCCCCUACGCCCGCUCUGCGAUGGGUCUGUUUUCCUGAUGCGGCCAUUUCUGUGGUAUCCGGCCUUCCCUCUUGCCCAAACAAAGGCUUCAGUGUGUCUCGCAUCUCCCCCAGGGGCUCCUGGCUCCUUCCUUCCUUCCCGAGGCAAUCCUUUUGCUUGCAACGUGGCUUCAGCUGCUUUGGAGACCACAUGCAAAGCAGCUGGCUAGUGCCUCGGGUGGAAAGAAGGGGUGCCCUGGACCUAGAAGGGAGAGGCAAACCCUAGCCUAGCCCUGGGGGGGUGGAGGAGGGAAUCAGGAUCCUGGCUGUGCAGCGUGACCUUGGCCAAGGCCUUCCCGAGAUCAUUCUGGUUUCCCUUGCCUCUCUUCCAGUGGCAGCUUGUGAGGAUCUGCAUCUCGGCUCCCCCCUGCCAGGCUUUGCUUCCACCCUCCCUCGCUCCCCUCGCCUCCGGCAGGGCUGCCUCGCUUUUGCCAUGCCCGGCACCAGCGCUGCGGGCCCUCCUCUCCCAUCCCUGGGGCGCACGGGGUGACCUUUCUUCCCCUGCCAGGUUAUUGCCCCGUGCCCUUUGAGCCCAGGCCAGGCGCAGGGUGCUGAGCCAGCUGCUGCUCGCGCUGCUGAGGACAGGGCGGAGGCGGCGAGCGGGGCUCCUCCUUGAACCCUGGGCUUCCCUGCACCCCUGGGACCUGUGAGUGAUGGUGAUCCCCGCCAAGCUAGGGAGCAACGAGGGGUGGUUCUCGCCAACCCAAGCUUUCCAGCUGCUGCCCGUGCCGCCUGGGCUCCCUCUGGGCACGGAGGUGACGUUCCCUGCCCCGGGGGUGGCCCUUUGAGCCCGCGGCAGCUGGUGGCUGGGCCGGCAGGGAUUUCACAGGCUGAGCUUCUGGAGGAAGGCUGAGCACGGAUGUCCUUGAAGGCAAGCCCAGCCCUGAGGGCUGUGGGACGCCGCGUCUGGGUUUCCUGGCAUGGUUGCUGCUGGUUUCUAGGCUGGGCAGGUGGAGGCUGGCUGCGUCUUUGGGGCAGGGGGGGAAAGUCCGUGCCUUUCCCUGGGCCAGCGGGAGGGAGAGGCCGGCCAGGAGUCCUCGCCGCAUGUUGUGCUUGUGUCGUCAGUGUCCCGUGUGCAUGGCGAGCCACUCUUCCUCAGCCCCGUGGGCACGGGGAUGCCCGGGGAGCGCGGCGUCGCGGCCCCGCGCCCUCGCUGUACAGCUGUCUAGCCGUCGAAUAAAGACGGGGUGUAUCAGC